GGCGAGAGAGACUCGAAACUCUAUUUGAAAUUUGCCGGCUCGAGGCAUGAGCCGAUGUGGGCAAAAAACGACGACGCAUAACCGGAGGGCGAGGAACAACAUCUGGGUCGGUUCGUCGUCAAAAUAGCAGAAUCAAGAUCGUCCUCGUGCCCCGUUCUCGCCGUCCGUCGCCGGAUUCAAAGCCCAUGCUCCGUCUCGCUCGCGAAGCCCUCCUUCGACUCGGGGCUUCUUCGGUUCCCUUUCCUCCACAACAAGCUCAAGCUCAAGCUCAAGCUCUCCGCCUACUGCUGCUCAGGCCGGUCUCGAGUUCCUCGAAGAAGGCGCACUCGUUCACGGUCUCUUACCUCAUCAACUCUUGCGGGCUGUCUCCGGAAUCCGCUCUCUCCGCCUCCAAGAUCGUGCAAUUCGCGAACCCAUCGAGGCCAGAUGCGGUCCUCGAGGUCUUCAGGAACCGAGGUUUGUCUCGGACUCAAAUCUCGUGCGUGUUUAGGAGAUACCCCAAGAUGCUUGUCUCGAGCCCAGAUAUUCUCUUGACGAAGCUCGACUUCUUGCACUCUAGAGGCAUUUCGGAUCAAGAGCUGGUCAAACUCGUUGUUGCUCUUCCGGCGGUUCUGACCAGGAGCCUAGACAAUCACUUGAUACCCACUUUUGAAUACAUAAGCGGUUUGCUUCAAUCCGAUGCUAAGGCCCAAACAUGCAUCAAGAAGAAUCCGAAGAUUUUGUAUAGUGACCCUAAAACGCUGCUUGUUCCUAGCAUUGCGAUUCUGAGGGGUUGUGGAGUGCCUGAGGUGAAGAUUAGACGGUUAGUCCAGUUCCAGCCGGGCACGUUGUUAACAUCGGAGGUGCGGUUCAACGAGGCGGUGAGUCGGGUGAAGGCGAUGGGUUUCGAUCCUUCGAGGACGAAUUUCAUACUGGCUUUGCAGGUAAUCAGGGGAAUGAACAAGUCGAAAUGGAGGAGCAAGGUCGAUGCUUUUGGCAAGUGGGGUUGGUCCGAGGACGACAUUGUCUUUGCUUUUAGGAGGAAUCCGUGGUGUAUGUCGAUGUCGGAGAGUAAAAUCACAGGGGUGAUGGACAUCUUCGUGAAUGAGAUGGGGCUUGACCCUCUAUACAUGGCGCGGCAUCCGACAAUGAUGAUGAUGAGCUUGCAGAAGCGAAUUGUUCCUUGGUGUUUGGUGUUUCGUGUUCUGCUGUCUAAAGGUCUGAUCAGGACGACGCGUAGCUUGAGUGGAUUCCUCGGUGUGUCGGAAAAGUUGUUCCUGGAGAAGAUUCUGACUGCUAAUUUGGGGGAAGCACCCGAGUUGUUGGAUCUGUAUAAUGAGAAGAUCGGUCUUGCAAAUUUGGGUACUUUGUGAAACUGAAUGAUUCCGAUGACCAUGAAACCAAUGGAAAAAUACUCCUUUGUGAAAGCCCUUAACUAAAGAUGGAAGCUUGGGCCUAGCGGGGACGUGCCUGGUUCUUCCUUCUCUCUGCAUUCACUUACGUAGCUAGCUUGCUGAUUUUGUAAUUCCUUUAAGUUCACUUAUAUAUGAGGAAUAGCCCAUUUCUAAUCAGUUACUGAUAGAGGAAUUUUUUAACUGUGCCUGCAAUUUAAUGAAAUGAAACAGAAGUGAUCGGUGCCUGGCGGCAUCUCUUAAAUCAA